AUUUCGGUUGGAGUGUCGAGGUAUUGCAAUGGAGCUGUUGAAAUUAGAAUCGAUUGUGUAUAUCAUUGUCAGGUUUUAAAAAUCGAACGGCUGGUUUGAACCAACAUGCGUGACCAAUGUUUAGACGUUACACAUUUUUCAACUUCGCCUUGUAAGAUACGACGUGUGAGGGCGCACUUCAACUUUUGUGGAUGCCCUGGUGUUGUCCUGGAGCCUAGUGAUAUCAGAAGCAAUUGUCAUUCUCUUCAAGAUAUGAAUCUGGUGAACCAAAAGAUAGAGGAACAAAUGAAAAGAACACAAAACAGAAUUCAGGAUUUGGAACGGAUUGCAAAUGAACAAGACAAAGAAACAGACAGACUAGACAUUCUCAAAGAUGUGGAAAAUUUCCGGAAACAAUUGUCAAGUACACAGACAUCUGUUAGAAAAGCCAAAUUAUCCUGCAAAAUGGCCAUUGACAGACAGGAGAGGGCGAGCUUGCUACAAGGUGGUACAGAUCCUGACUUAAGGAAAAGAAUGAAUAAAGAGAGUUUAGCCAAGACAGCUGGCAGCAUCACAGAUAAUUUGAUGAGUCUAAAUAGGAUGAUGGCAGCCAACGUUACACAGAGUACUCUGACCAAUCAAGUGCUAGAGAAAUCUUCAGCUACGUUGUCCGACACCCACGAGGAAUUCAAAGGCAUGGGUGGUGUGAUUCAGACCAGUCGUAGUUUACUGACCAAGUACAACAGACGAGAGCUAACAGACAGGUUACUCAUCUUCCUAGGCGUGGCAUUAUUUCUUGCUACAGUGCUGUAUAUAUUAAAAAAGAGAAUAUUUUGAUAAAGGUUUGGGUGGGGUAAGGGUGAGAUGGAACUGAUUAGAUUUCUUGUUUGGUUAGAAUAAGUUAUUUGCUAAGAAAUUUACUCAUGUUUAAUUCAUGUCAGAGCCCUGAAAUUGAAUGCUGGGUAAAUCUUUGUUCUAGCCUAUUUUAUUGACGUAAAAUAGCUUUUCAUGGUUAGUAAAUGUAUGUCCGUGUGAUUUAUGCAUGCAUUUUUAAAUGCGAGGUUGCCGUAUUGUGAUUAGCAUUUUUAUGUGGUUUCCAUGUCUUACCACAUGCUACAGGUCACUGAAUAGAAGGUAGAAUCCAGUCAUUUGACUUGCCAAACCAUUUCCUCAAAGUAAUGGACAAAUUAUAUUGCAUUCAAUGAAGAUACUGACAGGAAAUGACGUAGCAUCGAUAUUUUGUGAUAUGUUAUUAUUAAAACCUCAUUUCUGUCUUUUUUUUGAUGGCUUGCUGUCAGGUUGCAAUUAGACAAAAUGACAACAAAAAUGUGUACCAAAUAGGUUUAAACAAGUAUCAAAUUUAAUCAUUUCCUAGUACAUUAUUUUACAUAUCUAAUAGCCACUGUAUGUCUAGGUUUCAAACAAUUUUUCAAACAUUCAACUUGUACUGAUAACAGCAAAUCCAACUUUUCUCACACACCACCAUCACAGGGAUAAGAUUCAAUCGUCUUCUGUUCUUUCGAACCUUUUUACACAGUGAUCCAAAACAAUUGGAACCAGGUGAUUUGGUGUUUAUUUGUAUUUGCUUCAAGUUAUUUACAUGGUUUUUUGUUCCAACACAAUGGAAGAUUACAAACAAGACAAAAUUGUUUUUCACUUACUACAAAAAUUUGGAAACAUACAGGAACUGCCCAAAACCAUGUCCUGUGUGCCUAGUACUGUCAUCCAAGCAAAAAAAAUGGAUUUCAUUUUUGGCAACAAAUCGAUGGUUCUCAGAAUAAAAUAGAUCACACAUGUACUUUGUAUUCUAAAGGAAAGGUAAACAGUUGUGAUAGUCUCCCAUGCCAAACUACAAAUGACAAAACCCCAUGGCUGCAUGAAAGAUGCAGUACUUACACAUCAAUAUGCACCAACAAUUUCUGAAUUUGCUCAUGAUUCAGCCUUGACCAGGGUAAAAAACAGAAAGUAAUCUGAAUAAACAUUGUUGACAAUCACUGAAAACAGAAGCUGAAAUCUACGAGAGAGAAUGACCACCCAGCUUCAUCCAAUGUGGUUUCAGUCAUUUUUAGAUGCCUUGUCUUUUAUUUAAAGCACAACUUUGAAAUCGACUGUUGGAACAAACUUUUCCACAAUAAGACUGAUGCAACAUUUGAAUUCUUCCUAACUGCCAAAGUACAGAAAAGCCAAGUACUACUGUCUCAUUUUAAAAAAAUUCUUGAACACAACUUUACAGAUUCAGGACAAAUAAAUGAACCUGAACAUAAAAAACCAUAUCGUUAAAAACCUCCUCCCCCCAAAAAAAUAAUACAAACACCAAACUGAAAACGUAACAAUAACCAAGAGCAGAUAUUAAGUGCACUGUGAAUAUUAAGCUCAAAAGCUAAGGGGGAGAAUUUUAUUUCUAAUAAAUCUUGUUUAAUAUGUAAGAACGUUCCUGAA